AUGUCAGAUUCUGAAGACAAAAAGCCGGCGGCAAAAAGCCACAACAACGCUGUGGACGUAGCUGCAGAGGAAGAUUCUACUCAGGAAGAAGACAACUACGCUAGCGCACAACACCAGCUGCAACAACAACAGCAUCACGACCAGCAACAGCAAGUUCAACCAGCGCUCCAGCACCAGCAAGUGGCAGGAACAAACAACCCGCCUCACGCAGCACACACUCGCCAAACUGGAUCCAUUGCAACUUGGUGCAAUAGUGAGGCGUAUGUUUCUCAGGAUGAAGACAACAUGGCAAGUAUUGAUCAAGAUAUGAUCAUGGACAUGCUUCGAAUCACAUACACCAUUGGACAUGCUGAUGGUGAU